AUGGAGAUCUGACCAUUCGUGUUACUCACGCGCAAGUCACACGAGUGAAAAAAAAGAGAGAGAGAUAAUGGAUCGCCUUGAAUUCCGGAUCCGGAUCCGAAAAUAGCUGACCCGUUUUGAAGCGGUUUUACAUUUUCCCAAAUGAUAUGACCGUCUUUGGGCUCAAGGCUCUUUGGUGUCCCUUCGUAUUAUCGGCCUUUCCCGACGCUCUUCAUCUGGAAACUCGCGAUUCUUAGGGUUUACUAAGGGUUUCUCCUUCACUCUCACACACUCUCUCUCUCUAUCCAAACUCCUUCUCCACUCCAGAGCUUUCACUUCUCUCUCUCACUCGAACCUUGUGUUUUCGAUUUUUUUCCAUCCGCUGGUAUAAUGGAUAGAUACCAGAGGGUCGAGAAACAAAAACAAGCGUCUCCGAUUAACGAAAAUGAGAUCCGUAUCACCAGCAAAGGCCUUAUCCGAAACUACAUCAGCUAUGGCACCAGUCUUCUUCAGGAGAAAGGUGCGAAAGACAUUGUGCUCAAGGCAAUGGGGCAGGCAAUCAGCAAGACGGUGGCCAUCUCUGAGAUACUCAAAAGUAAAAUUCCAGGUCUGCAUCAAGAUAUUGCAAUCAGUUCUAUGAGCAUCACUGAUGUCUGGGAGCCUACUGAGGAGGGUCUUGUACCGGUGGAGUUGACGCGCCAUGUUUCCAUGAUUUCAAUCACAUUGUCGCUGAGUGAGCUAAACAAAGAUUCUCCUGGGUACCAAGCUCCAGCACAGGUAGAUCAGUCUAAGCCUCAAAAUCAGCCACAGCAAGAAAGACAAACCCGUCUUCCGUACAAUGGUUAUGGUGAAGGUGACGCCUAUUCUUAUGGUGGAGGGAGAGGACGUGGCAGAGGCAGAGGAAGAGGCAGGGGAAGAGGUGGAUAUGGAAACUACCAAGGGACUUAUCAAGGAAAGUACCAAGAGAACUAUCAAGAAGAUUAUCAAGAAAAUGAUGGCGGGUAUUCGAACUGGGGCAGAGGCCGUGGACGUGGUCGGAGCUAUGGUUAUCGUGGUGCUGGAUAUCAGGGUGGCAGAGGCGGCUAUGGUGGUGGGAGAGAUGGUGGGUACGGUGGUGGGAGAGAUGUCGGGUACGGUGGUAGGAGAGACGGUGGGUACGGUGGAGGGAGAGAUGACAGGUAUGGUGGAGGAAGAGAUAACAGGUAUGGUGGAGGAAGAGACGAUGGUUACGGUGGAGGCACAGAAGAGGGUUAUGGUGGAGGCAGAGACGAGGGAUUUGGCGGAAGAAGAGGUGGGUUUCGAGGUGGUCGAGGUGGCGGUAGAGGUGACAGGUAUGGUGGAGGCCAACGUGAUGGAUAUGGUGGAGGCCGACGUGAUGGGUAUGGUGGAAGUCAAGGUGACGGGUACGGUGGAGGUCAAGGUGACGGGUAUGGUGGAGGAAGAGACGAUGGGUAUGGAGGAGGUCGAGGUGAUGGGUAUGGUGGAAGUCGAGGAUAUGGCGGAGGAAGGGGCUAUGGUCGUGGUGGACGUGGAAGGAUGGGAAAUGGUGGUCGUUCAAGGGGUGGUGCUACUAACCAGAGCCAAUCCUAAGCUGUUUCAAUUCCCAUUCUCUAAGCUAAUAGUAUAUGGGCAAUUUGCUGCUGUUUUUUUCGUUACCUAAGAAAACCCUUAAAAUUAGUAGCACAAUCUACCGACCACGCCAAGGUUUUUCCUUUUAAAAUAUGCUUUGAAGGGUUAUGGUUAAGUUAUCUCAUCUUCUGUAAAUCUCCCUUUGGUAGUUUCCAUAUUAAAAUCCCCAAGGGAGUCUUAAGGAAUGGGCUCCUUUUUGUUUUCUUCUCUCCACAAAUUUCACAAGUGCAAAAUCAACUUGUGUUUGUUUUCGUGCUUUUUGUAAUUAAUUAUGCCACUUCAGUAUUUGUCAAUAUUGUGUUGUGGAGUAUAUUUUACUUCUAACAAUUCUCUUUAAAAAAGGAUUGUAAGU